ACUUGAAGGAGUUGAGAAUGAGAGUAGGCUAACUAAACUGCCGGAAGUACAAGGCAAGACAGUAAAAACGAAAAGUUUCAUUGGCUUCAGCUGUAAGGCGACAACACCAGCACUGACGGAGGAUUUUCUAAAAUAUAAUACAUUGGUUGGCUUAAAACAAGUUUCAUGUCAAUAAGACUGCAAGAAUCUAACUGUGUUGGGAGAUCGCUGGUUUUCUUUUAGUUUACUUGUCGGUACAAUGGGGCUGCCUACACUGGAGUUCAGCGAUUCUUUUUUGGAUAGCCCUGAUUUCAGGGAACGCCUGAAAUGUCAUGAAAUUGAGUUGGAUCGUACGAACAAAUUCAUAAAAGAACUUAUCAAAGAUGGGAAUAUGCUCAUCACGGCGCUGAAGAACCUCUCUGCGGCAGUGCAGAAGUUCUCUCAGUCGCUCCAGGAGUUCCAGUUUGAAUGCAUUGGGGACGCAGAGACGGACGAUGAGAUCAGCAUUGCUCAGUCUUUCAAGGAGUUUUCCCAGCUGUUGAAUACAGUCGAAGAAGAAAGAAGACGACUGAUACAGAAUGCAGAUGAUGUCUUGAUCACGCCGCUGGAGAAGUUCCGGAAGGAGCAAAUCGGCGUUGCAAAAGAAGGAAAGAAGAAAUUUGACAAGGAAACUGAAAAGUACUAUUCAGUUUUGGAGAAGCACCUUAAUUUAUCAUCUAAAAAGAAAGAAGCUUUUUUACAAGAGGCAGAUGCCCAGAUUGACAAAGAGAGGCAGGUCUUUUAUGAUGCCUCCCUCGAGUAUGUCUUCAAAAUCCAGGAGGUUCAGGAAAAGAAGAAGUUUGAAUUUGUUGAACCCCUCCUGGCUUUCCUCCAGGGCCUGUUCACCUUUUACCAUGAGGGCUACGAGCUGGCGCACGAAUUUGAGCCCUACAAGCAACAGCUGCAGUUCAAUUUACAGAACACGAGGAACAACUUUGUCAGCACCAGACAGGAAGUGGAGAAGCUGAUGAGGAGGAUGAAGUCAGCGGACCAGGACUACAAAGCACCGGGGCAGUGGACCAUGGAGGGUUUUCUGUACAUCCAGGAAAAGCGGCCGCUGGGGUGCACAUGGAUUCGCCACUAUUGUACUUACGAGAAAGGGAGCAAGACGUUCACCAUGAGUAACUCAGAAAAUAAAUCAGCUGGCAAGCAGAAUGGACUGGUCACAAGUCCACCCGAGAUGUUCAAACUCAAGUCCUGCAUUCGGAGGAAGACGGACUCUAUUGACAAGCGAUUCUGCUUUGACAUCGAGGUGGUGGAGAGAAAUGCCAUCUGUCACGGAACUCUUUUCAGACCUCUGAAAAUUUUCUGUAAAGUCCGGCAUGGCAUCAUCACCCUGCAGGCCCUGUCUGAGUCUAACAGGCGGCUCUGGCUCGAGGCCAUGGAUGGCAAGGAGCCGAUAUACACCCUUCCGGCUCUUCUGAGCAAGAAAGAAGAGAUGUUUCUGAAUGAGGCCGGUUUCAAUUUUGUGAGAAAGUGCAUUCAUCUAGUGGAGUUGAGGGGAAUUAACACCAUGGGGCUCUACAGAAUAGGAGGCGUGAACUCCAAAGUUCAGAGGCUCAUGACCUCUGUGUUCGCUGCAAAAGCUCCCACAGACAUGGACCUGGAUCCAGACACGUGGGAUAACAAGACCAUCACCAGCGGCUUGAAGAAUUACCUUAGAUGCCUCGCAGAGCCUCUCAUGACGUACCGGCAUCACAAAGACUUCAUAAUGGCAGUCAAGUCAGACGAUCAGAACUACAGGGUCCAAGCUGUCCAUGCCUUGGUCCACAAGCUGCCUGACAAGAACAAGGAGAUGCUGGACAUCCUGAUUAAACACCUGGUCACGGUGUCCAAGCACAGCCAGAUGAACCUGAUGACUGUGUCAAACCUGGGAGUGAUCUUUGGCCCCACGCUCAUGCGCUCCCAGGAGGAGACCGUGGCGGCCAUGAUGAACAUCAAGUUCCAGAACAUUGUGGUGGAGAUCCUCAUCGAAAACUAUGAGAAGAUUUUUAAGGAAGCCCCAGAUCCCAAUGUUCCCCUGCCUCAGCCACAGCCCCGCUCCAGUUCCCGCCGCAGUAAGGCCAUCUGCCUGUCUACAGGGCCCAGGAAACCCAGGGGCCUGUACACACCCACCCUGUGCCUGGCUGACGCGGACAGUGACACAUUCAGCAGCAGCCCAGGCAGUACCCCUAUGGGCAGCAUUGAGUCCCUCUCCUCCCACUCGUCUGAGCAGAACAGCUCGUCCAAAACAGGCUCAUCCUCACAGCCUCCAGACAAGCCCUCUUCCUCCGUUGUCGCCCCCUGCUGGUCACCCUCACAGGCCUCUUCUAACGGACCCAAGAGCCCCUCCGGCACUGCCAGCACCACCCCGGGCACCAUCAGCUCGCUCGGCACCACCAGCCCCGACUCCAGCUCCAAAGAGGACGCCGCCAAGACGGAUGGCGAAUCGAAGGACAGCCGGAGUCUGUGCUCGGUCACGGCGGGGGGAAGACGUUCCCCUGGCAGCGCCAGCACGACACCCCUCAACCGUUCCGCCACUCCUUCCCUGCGCUCUCUGCACAUCUCAGAAGGUCGGCGAAGCCACAGUGGUUCUGUUCAGAGUUUGGUGUCGCUGGACCAGAGGGACUGCCCCAAACCCCACAUCCACCCGGAUCUGCCCCCCAAACUGGUCACCCGGCCUAGAGUGGACACCUGCUCCAGCAAUGGCUACCAGAGGCCUGGAUCAGUUGUUGCAGCAAGAGCCGUGCUCUUCGAAAAUCCUGCGACCUCACAGCCGACUCCUGUUGGGAGAGAUGCAAAGGCCAUGUACUCCUGCAAGGCAGAACACAGCCAUGAGCUCAGCUUCCCCCAGGGGGCGCUCUUCUCAAAUGUGUACCCCUCAGUGGAACCCGGCUGGCUCCAGGCAACAUAUGAUGGAAAAACGGGGCUAAUCCCCGAGAAUUACGUCAUUUUUCUCUAACAAGUUCUGAGGACAGAGCCGUUUUGGUACAUUUCAUGGUAUCCAUGGUAACCAUAUCCUGUACAAAAAGCAUUGUAAUGGCAGCUUCCCAGUAGCAUGGCUGCUCCUAUGAAUUCUGUGCAUAGUUGAUAUGCAGGAAAAGACAAACCUCAACCAUAAAGUAUAUUAAUUUUGUAAUAUAUACAUUAAGAUGAGGAUAUUCCCUUCUGUAUAUGGAACUAUAUGAGAUGACAAUAAUGUGUGUAAAAAAUUACUUUUACAUCUUUUCUAACUGUCAGAUGUGGCCAAAAUUAUAUUUUAAUAUAAACAAUAUUAGAUUUCUAGCCUCUUACUUUGAUUUAGAAUUGUUUCAGUUCUAAAAUACUUUAUAAAAAUAAAAAAACUAAGAUUUACAGACUAGCAGUGCUCCCACAGACUUGCUUUUGGAGCACCUUCUAACACUAUGUUUCUAAAGAUGGAAGGAUUUUCCGUAGCCUGUUGCAGGCCAUCAGUAUUAAGGUACCACAGUAAUUAUCUUUUCGUAUUAUUUAUACCAAUGUUUCUGUGUUAAAUGGCAACCUGGGUCUGUUCUAUAAAAAAUCAUUAAUUAACCCAGCAGUUAUUUUUAACAGAUGAAUUCUGUUGAAUAUUAGUUACACAAAACAGAUUAUUUGAAACCAAAGUAGAUACUUCUUUACCACAAUCAAAAACCAAGUCAACAAGGCCCAAAGGGUCUUAGAACUUAUCAUGUUGCAUAAGGCAUGGAAUUACCCUGUGGGCCUUUUAAUUUUCAAUAAAAUCUGACAGGGCUGAACAUCUCCACAUUAAUGUCAGAAAACAAUUCAGUCCAAUCAUUCAUUUCUGUAAAUAUGUGUGUACAGCACCUUUUUAAAAAAUUUUGUAAGCUCACAUACAAAAUUAGAUUUAACCCAGGGUGAAGGUGAAGGUUUUGUAUAUUCUCUGAAAAAAAAAAAAGAUGGAGGGACUCCGCCAAACUCAGUUUUGACUCUUCAUCCAUCCUGGAGAAAAAGAUCUACCCAGAAUGCUCCUCCCAUGGGAGUGGCUGUGAGUUGUUUGACAAAAUGACAGAAAUCAGUUAUGCGUUGUGUUGAUCAGUUGUGCACUUUUAAUAACCGUCAAGGUACGUUGUUGCAAGUUUGUGCCGUUUUUUUGUUUGUUUUUGUUUUGUUGUUUUUUUCCACCCUUCCUUCUCUGCCUCGAAUCAGUUUAUCUGCAUUCCACACUGUCAUUGAUUAAGCAACUCAUCUGAACACAUUUUAUACAAAUACUUUUUUUUGUAAUUUAAUUAAAAAUGUUCUAUGGAAACACAAAAAAAAAGGAAAAGGGGCAUUAUGGGUGAAUUUAACAAACCAGAACUGAAUAGAAUUGAAGUACUGUUUACGCUUUUUGCAUUGGAAGUGGCCGCCAAUUUCAAUUAUAUGUCCUAAAAUGUUGGGUUUGCUUGACUAAAAGACUGAAAUGUUUCAGUUAUUGUUAUAUGUUGUUAAACCAUAUUUUUGUAACUCCCUUCAAUCAUAUUUAUUUAAAUGUGCAUGUUUGUUAGUACGAGAGAAUAACUUGAGGAUUUACAUAAUUUUACCAUCUCUAAAUUAAUCCACCAUCUUAAUGUUCAUAGAAAGAAUUAGGUAAAUAGACUCAUUGGGCCUCGUUCACAAAACCAUUCUUAAAUUUGUCUUACUUUUGUUUGUAAUAAAAGUUCAUAUAAAAAACCAGUGGAUUCAUGAAACGUGCACAGAUUUUCAAUUUUGUGAAUAUCGCUGGUGUAUAGGAUGACGAAUGUCAGUUGUUUGUAAAUUGGAUGCAUGUACCUGUUUAUGGUGAUUUUCAUAAGGAAACACCCUAUCAAUCCUAUAAAAGGAAUGCCUUUUAUCAUCAGCAAUGUAUCACUGUCCACAAACAUGUCUGCACAGCCCCUAAUGACACCUUUGUCCCCAAGGCACAAUUAGCCAAGUAAUCCUAAAGAAAACAAAAACUCAGUUAAAACUGGCUAAUCCACUCUGCAAACUAAGUAAAACAAAAAUUGAAAUCAAAGACUAGUGGAAAUUUUGAGGUUAUUCAGAUUGGUAAACAUUUCGGUUGUUAAUAUGAGGUCUGUUUCCAAACACACAUAUGUUUUCUAAAUUAAAUAUUCCCAAAGAAUCAAAAUUUCCCCAAGAACAAAUUCAGAUAAGAAAAAAAUGAAGGCUUAAAUGUUUGUGAAAGUAUUUGUGAGCACAGUUUACAAUCAAAUCUGAUGAAAGGUAAGUUUUGUGAAUGAGGCCCAUUCUUUUUAGGAUAGUGGGAUUAGUCCAAAGAGCACAUUGCAUGUGUCAGUUCUAUAAGGUAUUGCUUUGACAAAGAUGGCACUUACACUGUAAUACUGAAUUUUUAAAUUUUAUUUUCCUAGUACACUGGUGUACUAGCAUUUGUCCAUAUCGCAUUACUGCAACAAGUAGUUAAUAUUCAAAUAAAUAAUAUUAUAACACUACAAUAGAUUAAAUUAGCUUGAUAUUUAAAUAUUUGUUUGUAUUAUCAUUGUAUCUUAAGCACUCGCUGUUUUAUAUAUUGAAAUAAAAAUGAAAAAUA